UUUUUUAACGAACUUUGCGUCAUCCUUGGCAUAAACAAAUUGGGAGUUCCACGGAGCUGUCGUGUUUGUAAAUAUUCGAUAGACAGUUUCGCGUCGCGAUAAUUAAUUAUAAUUUAAUUAAUUUAUAGCUAAUUCUGAUUGUAUAGUUGGAGCAUAUUGGGAAAAAUGAAGUGUGUAGCUGUGCUUCUGUGUGUGGUGGCAGCCGCCAGCGCUGUCUCCUUCUUUGACCUGGUCCGUGAGGAAUGGAACGCCUACAAGAUGGAACACAACAAACAAUACGAAUCGAAGGAAGAGGACAAGUUCCGCAUGAAAAUCUACGCUGAAAACAAGCACAAGAUCGCCAAACACAACCAGAGGUUCGAGCAGGGCCAGGUCUCGUUCAGACUCAAGCAGAACAAGUAUGGGGAUCUGCUGCAUCAUGAGUUCGUGCACAACAUGAACGGCUUCAACAGGACUAACAAGCACAAGGGUCUCCUCUCCAAGGCCGCUGGCGUGCGCGGCGCCACCUUCAUCUCUCCGGCCCACGUGACCCUUCCCGACCAGGUUGACUGGAGGAAAAAGGGCGCCGUCACCGAAAUCAAGGACCAGGGCAAAUGCGGGUCCUGCUGGUCGUUCAGUACUACCGGCGCUCUCGAAGGCCAGCAUUUCCGCAAGAGCGGCUACCUGGUGUCCCUCUCAGAACAGAACCUGAUCGACUGCUCGGCCGCGUACGGGAACAACGGCUGCAAUGGCGGCCUCAUGGACAACGCGUUCAAGUACAUCAAGGACAACGGAGGCAUCGACACCGAGAAGACUUACCCCUAUGAGGCUGUUGAUGACAAGUGCAGGUACAACCCGAAGAACACCGGUGCUGAUGAUGUAGGCUUCACCGACAUUCCUCAAGGAGACGAGCAGAAGCUUUUAGAAGCGGUGGCUACUGUUGGACCCGUGUCUGUGGCUAUUGAUGCUUCCCAAGAGUCCUUCCAGUUCUACUCCGAUGGUGUUUACUAUGACGAGAACUGCUCGUCGGAGAACCUCGACCAUGGGGUGCUCGUCGUCGGGUACGGCUCUGAUGAGUCUGGCGGCGACUACUGGCUAGUGAAAAACUCGUGGGGCCGCACGUGGGGCGACCUCGGCUACAUCAAGAUGGCGCGCAACCGCAACAACCACUGCGGCAUCGCCUCCGCCGCCUCUUACCCUCUAGUUUAGAUUUAAACACGA